GAGUUUCAUUUUUUGGGUGCAAAACGACGACGCAUCAGAUCGACCGUAGUAAUAUGGGAGAUCAGGUGAAUUUUGUGUCCAACUGGGUAGGUGUUGAAUCAGUGCCGGAAAGUUAUGUUUAUCCGCCGGAGAAGAGGCCCGGGAACGUUGCCGUUCCAGUGGAGAACGCCAUCCCGGUAGUUGAUCUUACCGACCAUGACCGAGCCUUUCUCGUUCACAAAAUCCUUGAUGCUUCCCAAGAGUUUGGAUUUUUCCAGGUGAUAAACCAUGGAGUGUCGAAAACGUUAAUAGAGGAGACGAUGAGGGUAUUCGAGGAAUUUCACGCGAUGUCGGGACCGGAGAAAAAGAGGGAAUGCUCCAAGGACCCCAACAGAAGUUGCAGAGUUUACACCAGCAGUGAGAAUUUUGUGAAGGAAAAGACUCACUGCUGGAGAGAUGCAUUGAUCUUCAAUUGCCAUCCUUUGGACAAAUAUGUUCAUUUUUGGCCUCAAAAUCCCUCCAAUUACAGGGAGGUGGUCGGAGCGUAUUGCAUUGUGAUGCGAAAGCUGGUUGUGGAAAUAUUAGAGCUUAUAAGUGAAGGAUUGGGACUUGGGAAAGGAUACUUUGGGGAUGAGAUGAGUGAGAAUCCAUUGUUGUUGGUAAACCAUUACCCUCCAUGCCCAAACCCUAGCUUGACUUUGGGAUUGAGCCAACAUUGUGAUCCAUCCCUCAUCACCAUCUUGUUUCAACAAAUAAAUGGCCUUCAAGUCCUCAAGGAUGGCCAAUGGAUCGGCGUUCAUCCAGUAGAUAAUGCCUUUGUGGUUAACAUCGGCUUCGUUUUACAGGUGGUAAGCAACGGAAAGCUGAAAGCAGGAGAACACCGAGCCGUGAUAAAUGCAAAGAUGUCUCGACAAAGCAUAACGUAUCUAGUUUAUCCUAAAGAUGACGCGACUAUGGAACCAGCAAAAUGUAUGAUAAAUGAGGCCAAUCCUUCACUCUAUCACUCCCUCCAGUUCAAAGACUUCCAAAGAAACUACUUACCCAUGGCUGCUGAUACUAAGGCAGUCAUACAGUAUAUUAGCUCUGAUCACUCUUAAAACUCUUUCUUUCUUUCAUAUCUAAUACUCUUACUCUUUUAUCAUAAUGUAAACAAGAACAUCA